AUGUCGGCUCGCAAUUAUAUCUUAUCUGCUCGUGAAAGGAAUAUUAAUAAACUCAUUGAUUAUUUGCCGCAAAUAAAUCAACAAAAACUUGGAUAUCGUUCAGGGCAAGAAUUACCGGCUCUUUCAGCAAAUGCUACAGGCUUAGUUAACCGAAACUUGAUAUACUCAUAUAAAAUACCUCCUUAUGCAGAUGAUAUCUUAGAGAGGGCCAGUACUCCAUUUUCUGAUUUUUUUUCAGAAAGCGAGACAGGCACACCUGAUUUUCGAAGUGAAGAAAGUGACAGUAGUUCUGGUUCAGCAUUUAAAAGAAACACAGCAGAGGCUACAAAAACAUUAAUGCAGGAAUGGGAACAAAUUGAACGAACUCUGUAUGAUGAAGAUGGAGAAAAAAGCAAUAGGCCCCAGAUUCUUGAAGAAUGUAGGCAAUGGAGGCAAUUGCAUCCUCAGCUUAGAGUUAUUGGAAAAGCCAUACCUUUACCAGAAAAAAGAAUAUGUUACAGACAAAUGGAACAUGAUGAAGUGAUCGCGAUGCAUUAUAGCGAUUAUGAACAAUUCAGCGAAAGUGAAGAAAGAUUAUCACAAAGUAGCACAGACGUCACUCCUCAGAAUUCCCCACGAGUUUCCAUUAUCGAGGAUAUAUAUGAACCAAAGCUAACCAGAGAGAAAGUUUCCUUCAAGCUGGCAGAUGACUUAGACUUACCAGAUACAUUCUGCUCACUUUUGCACAUAACACCAAUUCAAAUACGAAGUCCUUCACACAGAAAACGACACAAUCCGUCAGUACUUAGAUCUGACUUAGCAUCAUCAAGAUGGAUGAGAAAGAGACCAGAGUCUUCUAUACACUGUGAGAGAAAUAGUGCAAAAUCCUUCGUCUCUCUAGACACUCGUAAUUAUAUCGCAGCGGACAAUAAUAAGGUGUUAAAGGCAAGAGUACUAACGGCAAGGCAUAGAGAGCUGGCCAAGCUUGAGCCUUUAUAUACACCGGAAUAUCCACCACAUGAAGGUUCGAGAUUGCAUAACGGAUUACAACACUUCAAUAUAAGAAAAGUUUCUCUUCCCCCGUUACUUCUAGAAGAGGAAAGAAGGAAGGUUUCCGUUAGCUCUGCUAAGAAGGUGUCAAGAUCAAAGAAAACACCUAAAGGAUAUAAAAGACAAAGU